GCAGUGGAGGAAGAUGAGACACGAACCCCGAAGCCAAGGAAGGGAGAGAGAGAGGAAGAGAAGGGUAAUUGGAUCGGCGAGGAAGAGGAGAGCGACGUAACCAGUCGCUGACACCAAAGACGAAGCGCCAGAGAGAGGAAGAGACGAGGUGGUGGAGGAAGAGGUCCAGUCUCCAUCGAUUCGUCUCCUUGUGCCGCGAAGCGCGCACUAAAACGCAAAUCUUUCCACCGCGCCCCUCUCUCUCUGUCUCUCUUCUCAGGGCCCAUGACUGUAUCUGCAGUACAGGUCCCGCCAUUGCCAUUGCCAGGCAUGGCCAUUUCCACCCACAGUGUGCCACCACCCCCCUUGGCAACCGCGCCUUCUGUUUUCUCUUUUCCCCUGCCUUCUCAUCUCUCUCCAAUGAUGCCACUUGCUCUCACAGUGAAAGUUCCCGUUCGUAUCGGGGCACACAGUGCCGGACCCCAACUGUUACUGCUUUCUACAGUUUCUACAAUUACUACGACGACGACGACGACGACGAAGAGGAGUUAAGGUGUCUCUUUAUUCACUGUUACUACGAUUACUGCUACGGCGACGACGACCAUGAGUAAAGUUAGUAUCUCUUAUCCCCCCGUGUAGAUAGAUUUGAGUGAGUCCAAUAUCUUUGGCAGAUCUGUAGCUCAGUAGCUCGUAUCGGGAGGGGUUUUACAUGCUUGAGGUAAGCGAGGAGGCGGGUAGCUUUUGCCAUUAACUGGCAGCAGAGCUGCCGGUCCAGUCUUGUCUCGGAACGUAAUGGAUCCAUGAGGGAAGGCUGGUCGCUCAUGAGUUGGCAACGCAAGAAACAAAAAAGGGAAGGCUUCCCGUCGUACGACGCGAUGGUUCUUGGCAUGACAAAAAAUGCAAGCGCAGCACAGAAGAUCGCGCCACUCUCCGCCGGGGGGGCGGGGCGGGGCGGGCAGAUUACCUCUGAUGAAGGCACUGUUCCCAUCCGCUGGAUACGUCUCAUGUCCCAAAGCAUGGAUUCAUCGUUUAUGCUGCUCCGCACUAGCCUACCCUCUGCCACUGUUCCACCUCUAAGCCACCUCUCUCUCUCUCUGUCUCUCUCUCUCUCUGGGGACAGGAAACCUUUAUCUUUUCUUUUCUUUUUAUCCUUCUUCUUAACAGUAAAGUAAAAGACAUCUUCCGUGGGAUCAAUGGAUGGGUUUCCGCCGUGUGCAAAUAUGAUCAUGGCAUCACGUUCCUUGCUCAAACAUUGACACGGCGCCCACCGCACUCCACUGUCCCUGUUGUGAGUAGUCUUUUACCCCGACGACCUUCCUCCCCUCACCCUUUCUCUUCCCAUCUCUCUCUUUCUUUACCACCUUUCGUCUUGUUGCCGUUCGCGUGCGUUUCCUUUACGUUGCUGUCCCGUCGCCCUGUCUCGACUUCCUCUUCCCUUAUAUUUGAAGCCCGCUUUGUUCGCCCUUGGCCAAAUAUUCCCUUUCCAUUUCGCUGCUGCUGCAUGGUUAUGCGAUGCCAUGCUAUGCUCUGCCCUUUGGAUCGAAGCUGCUAGCCAUCAGCAUCAUUGGAAGACCGUCGUAAGUCAUCACUGGCGUCGAGUCUUCGAAGAUACCGAGCUUCUAUGAAGUGUUUUGUUGGUAAUGUCGAAUCUGGCUGGAUUUGUGAUCUCUCGUUAUUCAUUGAUUUGGUCAAACGAUCAUUAGGUUUUUGUACCUUCGCUUCUCUACUCUAAUCAUAUGGCGUAUAAUUGUUAAUGGAUUAUUUAACGACUAAAAUCACAUAGAUUCUGCAAGUACUAUGCGUUGGGAUUCUUCCGAACCAGCGGGCAAUCUUUUGUGCUUCGAGAUCUUUCAAUGAAAUGGUUUGUGGCAUUAAGUUUCACUAGAUUUCUAUUUGGUGGCACUGCAGCGUCAGGGUGCUCGAUAUCUUGACUCUAUCGAGACACCCCGAGAUUCGUAUGACUUGUCGAUGUAUCUGAUGUCGUCUUCUUCCAUGGAUUGCCAUUGUUCAUGGUUUUAUGUUUGGCAGAAAGCUAUGAGGCGCCAGAGGAGAUGGGAGUCGGCCACUGCAAAUGAAGGAUAGGCAGCGGUGGAGAUCUGAAGAGGAUGCUAUAUUGCGUGCGUACGUGAAGCAGUAUGGUCCCAGGGAGUGGCACCUCGUGUCCCAGCGCAUGAAUGUUACCCUCGACCGGGACGCCAAAUCCUGCUUGGAGAGGUGGAAGAAUUAUCUCAAGCCCGGCAUCAAGAAGGGAUCGCUCACCGAGGAGGAGCAGCGCCUGGUGAUAAGGCUGCAGGCCAAGCACGGCAACAAGUGGAAGAAGAUCGCGGCCGAGAUCCCCGGACGCACAGCCAAGCGGCUGGGCAAGUGGUGGGAGGUGUUCAGGGAGAAGCAGCAGCGGGAGCAAAGAGAGAGCAACAAGUCCGGGGCCGCCACCGCCGAGCCGGGCAAGUACGACCGCAUUCUCGAGAGCUUCGCCGAGAAGCUGGUUAAGGAGCAGCGGGCCGUCCCACUGCUCAUGGCCACGCCAUUCCUUCCACCGUGGCUGUCGAACAAUGCCGGCUCCCGCAGGCCGCCGUCGCCAUCGGUCACACUUACACUCUCACCUUCCACCGUCCCUCCUGCUCCUAAGCCCUGGCCGCAGCCUGAGCGAGGAGGAAACGGUGGUUUGGGGCUGACAACGUCUCAGCGCAGCGUGGUGCCGGGGUUCGCCAGUUCGGUCGACGGCAACAUGAUGUCGGAGCUGGUCGACUGUUGCAGAGAGUUAGAGGAAGGGCAUCGAGCGUGGAUGGAGCACAAGAAGGAAGCGGCAUGGAGGCUGAAGAGGUUGGAGCUGCAGCUGGAGUCGGAGAAGGCUUGCAAGAGGAGGGAGAAGAUGGAGGAGAUCGAGGCCAAAGUGCGAGCACUCAGGGAGGAGCAGCAGGUGGUGCUGGAGAGGGUCGAAGCAGAGUACAAGGAGCAGAUCGCGGGGUUGAGGAAGGAUGCGGAAGCGAAGGAACAGAAACUAGCGGAUCAGUGGGCUGCGAAGCAUAUGCGGCUGAGCAAGUUCCUUGAGCAGGUGGGCUGUCGCCAGUGGCCACCGGCCGACAUGAAUGGGCGGUGAGGAUGAACCUCCCUACCUACCGUGGAACCUGAAGCUUAAGCCAAUAACUCAUCUGUUCGUCUUUAUUGCCUUCAUCCUCUCUUCCGAAGAAGAAAUCCCAGUUUAUCUAUUUGUACUGCCUCGAUCUAACUGUUCCCAGUAAUUGAAUAUGCUGCAAUCGUCUACGAUGAUUCGUUCA